AUGGAGGAGGAGUUGGCUGCUCUGCAUCGAAAUCAAACUUGGACAAUGGUUGAACCACCAAAAAAUAGCACAGUGAUAGGUUGCCGUUGGGUCUUUGCUAUCAAACAACAUCCCGAUGGAACAAUUCUCAAAUAUAAAGCACGACUAGUGGCCAAAGGCUUUCAUCAACGAGAAGAAAUUGACUAUGAUCAAGUUUUCAGCCCUGUCAUCAAGUCAGCAACUAUUCGUAUCAUUUUAACACUUGCAAUUUCUCAAUCUUGGCCAAUUCAACAAUUCGAUUUCAACAAUGCUUUUCUCAAUAGUGAACUUCAAGAACUGUUUACAUGUAGCAACCUCUCUCUUUUCCCCAAGGCUCCCCAAAUCAGUGAUUCUGAGAUUAUUAAACUUAUAUCACAACUUAAUUCCAUUUUUGCUUUGAAGGACUUGGGAGAAUUCAAUUUCUUUUUAGGCAUAGAAGCAACAAAAACAACAUCAGGAUCUUACAUAUUAUCACAAUCAAAGUAUAUUAGAGACCUUUUAGUUAGAUCUAAGAUGCAUGAAUCUCAUCCUAUUUCUACUCCCAUGAUUACUAGUACUAAACUCUCAGCUCAUGGCAGUGAUGUAUUUGAUAAUCCAACUCAUUACAGAUCAAUUGUUGGAGCCCUUCAGUAUGUCACUCUAACCAGGCCUGACAUUGCCUAUGCUGUGAAUAAGAUUCAGAUUGGGGCUCGGACGUUGAUGACCGUCGAUCCACAACUAGCUUCUGUGUCUAUCUUGGCACCAAUCUGGUCUCUUGGGCAAGUAGGAAGCAACAUUCUGUCAGCAAGUCCAGUGCUGAAGCUGAGUUCAGGAGCAUUGCCGCAGCCAAAACAGAUCUUCGAUGGAUAUUGA